AUGGCGUUGUGGCGAAGUGUUCUGGCAUUGUGUUUUACUAUUUUCAUACCGGAAUUCGUGCAGAGCACUUCACUAUACUCCAACGACAGACAGCCAUUAGCAGAUUGCUGUGUGGGGUGUAACGCGUCAGAGGCUCAUUUCGGAUAUACCGAAGCGACAUGUCAUGGACCAACUCGAUGGCACCUGCUGACCACUGAUUGGAGAUUCUGUGGAAGAUCUACCCAAUCUCCAGUCAAUAUCAGAACCAGUAGCUCCGUCUUUCGACGGGAACUGCAAGCAUACCCUCUUCAAUUUCAAAAUCUUUGUCUUCGAAUUCCAGCACGAAUUCGUAACAAUGGGCAUUCUCCGCACUUUGAUACUGAGAGCGAGGCCAUCGGCUUGUUCAACGUCCCAGGAAUGCAGGGGCAGCGAUUUACGUUCAAUGAAUUUCAUAUACAUCUAGGCAAAACGUUCGCGGAAGGGUCUGAACACCUUAUAGAUGGAAAUAAAUCUCCUAUGGAGGCUCAUUUGGUGUUUUACAACGAUGCCUAUGGGGAAGCCAUCACGGCCAAACGUCGUCCCGGGGGACUGUCCGUCAUCGGAGUCAUGAUACAAGUAGCGGAGGUUGGAGACGAGACAGAUGGCGUUUAUAUAGAGCGUAAAGACAAGAACUGUGGGCCCAGGAGACACCGCCCAUACAGUAGAUGUGUGUGCAAUGAUGACAAUCCCUAUUCAGCACACAUUUGUAAAGCUUCUAGAAAAUGUCAAUGCAAGGAUGAUAACGAUUGCCCAGGACAGAGUAAAUGCAGGUUAAAUGACGUCAUACCUGGACGAUAUUGCGGGAAAGCAAAGUCUUGUCGGGUGCGCUUUGCCAGGGAUCUGAGUUACCUUAUGGAGAAGUACUACCGCCGUAUACGUUUCUACACAAACGUUGCACAAAAUUUAGAAGAGCGACAAUGGGUUAACAUACCGGAAGGAAUAUCGCCCAGUGAUAUAUUACCCUACGACUGGAGUUAUUUCACGUACCAAGGGUCUCUCACCACGCCGCCAUGUUUCGAAUCUGUCACGUGGAUCAAUAUGAGAUGUCCUAUCAAAGUUUCCCGGCGUGCAUACAACAACCUGGCUUUUGUCCGGGACGUUAACGGUCCCCCUAUAAGAUUAUUCGGACUAGACAGACCGGCACAGAGAGGAUUGUAUGGAGGCCCAGGCGUAUCUGUUUUUCGGGAUUUUCGAUGGGAAACAGUUGGAAGUGAAACAUCAUUUUGUAAUGUGAAUAAAUAAAGACUUACUUUAAAACUAUAAAUUUA